GGGAAAGGGUGGCGGUCCUGGUCUGUAGCUCAGUGAGUGGAGGCUGCGGGCUAGCUGAGGCCGGCCGGUAGGGUGCCUCCAGACAGACAGGAAGAAGAAAAGUUGAUUGCAAGUAAGAGCAUAAUUUGAACCAUAAUGGAACAAGCAAUUGGUGAGCCAAUGAGAGACCAGGUCGCACAGACACGUCUGACAGAGGAUAUUCCCAAUGCUAAGAAGUGCACAGUGAUUGGAGGUUCUGGGUUCCUGGGGCAGCACAUGGUGGAGCAGUUGCUGGCAAGAGGCUACACUGUCAAUGUCUUUGAUAUCCGCCAAGGAUUUGAUAAUCCCCGCGUACAGUUCUUUUUGGGUGACCUCUGCAACCAACAGGAUCUGUAUCCAGCUCUGAAAGGUGUAAGUACAGUUUUCCACUGUGCAUCACCUCCACCAUCCAGUAACAACAAGGAACUCUUUUAUAGAGUGAAUUUCAUUGGCACCAAGAAUGUCAUUGAAACCUGCAAAGCAGCUGGGGUUCAGAAACUCAUUUUAACCAGCAGUGCCAGUGUCAUCUUUGAGGGUGUCGACAUCAAAAAUGGAACUGAAGACAUCCCUUAUGCCAGGAAACCCAUUGACUACUACACAGAGACUAAGAUCUUACAGGAGAAAGCAGUGCUAAAUGCCAAUGAUCCUGAGAAGAAUUUCUUAACAAUAGCCAUCCGACCUCAUGGCAUUUUUGGCCCAAGGGACCCUCAGUUGGUCCCCAUCCUCAUCGAGGCAGCCAAGAAGGGCAAGAUGAAGUUUGUGAUUGGAAAUGGGGAGAACUUGGUGGACUUCACCUUUGUGGAAAACGUGGUCCAUGGACACAUCCUGGCUGCAGAGAACCUCUCCCAAGAUGCAGCUCUAGGUGGGAAGGCAUUCCACAUCACCAACGAUGAACCCAUCCCUUUCUGGACAUUCCUGUCCCGCAUCCUGACAGGCCUCAACUAUGAGGCUCCCAAGUACCACAUCCCCUACUGGGUGGCCUACUACCUGGCCCUCUUGCUAUCCAUGCUGGUGAUGGUGAUAAGUCCCAUCAUCCAACUCCAGCCUACUUUCACACCAAUGCGUGUCGCCCUGGCUGGCACAUUCCAUUACUACAGCUGUGAGAAAGCCAAAAAUGUCAUAGGCUAUCGGCCGCUGGUCACCUUGGAUGAUGCUGUGGAGAUGACUGUGCAGAGCUUUUACCACCUGCGGAAGGUCAAGUGAGGCACCCUGGGAACCAGGCCACCUCACUGCAUGCCCUUGCCAAUAACACCCUGGCUUGUGACAUUCUUGCUAAUUAGAUGAAAACAUUCUCUGUACCUUCCACGACUGUGAAGGUGACAAGAACAGCACAUUUCUUCCUUCAUAGGACUGGAUUUGAAUUUCUUAAAGCUGGCAGCCUCAUUCUACUGUUUGUGCGCUCGCACCCUUCCUCUCUCUCUCUCUCUCUCUUUCUAUCUUUCUCGGGUUCCUUUUUACAGAAACCACCUUGAAGUUACCCCAUUUCAUAUUCCACUGUCCUUGAACACAUGACUGAGACUUCAAAUGUAUUUCAUGUCAACACAGUUUAGCGAAGAAAGAAAAAAGCAUGAUUGACUGUAAUGCCCUCCCCAAUCCCUGAGGGGAGAAAAGAUGCCUAAUUGUUCACCUCCUUCUGUCCUUCCAAGUUCUCUUUCAGGGACUGUUGCAGUACCUGCCUGUGUUGUUUUUCUAUAAACAUUUCCUUUAUCAACAAUGUCCUACUGUUUUUAGUGACAGUGACUGCUAUGUUGGCUGGUUAGCAGUGAGCCAGAGAGAAGAGUCUCCUGCAUCUCCUUGGAGUUGAAACGCCAUGAGAUGACACUGAAAGAGCUGCAUCCCUGCAGCUCAUGCUCACAGAAACCUUCAGGCCAACUUCCAAAGAACAUAGCACAUAUAAUUUAGCUUUUUCUAUUUUUAGGUGAGGUUCUCCUUGGAGAACCUGGUUUCUUCUCAAAC